GAAACCAUCAGUGGAAUGUAGAGAAGUGAGGUGAGGAAUGGUUUGCUUUUAUCACUUGAAGUGAAAAUGUGACCUUUGUGAUCAAAUACUUGGUGCCAAUUCGUGUUUCUUGUAUGAUACAAUGAUACGUUAUUAGAACAUUGAAAAUGAAAUAAUCCGAUUUUAUUUAUUGUUGUUAUCGUGUAAUUAUAGGUAUUACCUUAGUUAUCUACGAAAAUGGCGGUUGCUCCCUCACAUGUUGAGGCUCACAUUACUCAUGUAGACAAAGAUGGGUCAUUAAUUAAAGUAUAUGCUCAAACGGAUAAAAUUAAUUAUUGUUACAUUGAGAAGCUUUUAUAUCAACUACGAAGUGUAUUUGAAAACAAUUCUGAUCUGAAGCCGAAAACAUCCAGUGAUAUUCAGGUCGGUGUAGUUUGCUUUGCCAAAUUUGAAGAUGACACUUACUACAGAGCUAAAAUUGAAAGUAUACAAAAUGUGCAACAGUAUAUGGUAACAGUUGUUUUUAUAGAUCAUGGCAACAAAGCUGAAGUGCAUGUCAAAGACAUAAGGCUAAUGUCAAAAGUAAUGAACCUGAUCGCAAAUAAGAAGUUAUUUCAAGAUAUUUUAUUAUUGCCAGGUCUAGCAAAUGAUUAUUAUUUGUAUGGAAUCACAACAAGAGAAAAAGAAUGGGAUGAAUAUUCCUUAGAUUACUUGAGGAAAAGAUUGUGUAAUACUGAUUUAACGUGUACUGUUUAUGAGAAUGAAUGGGGUAGAAUUAUAAGAAUUGUUCAAGAAGAAAAAGAUCCCAGUGCAUAUCUAACGAAGAUGAGUAAAGCACAUAGUAUUCCAUUACACGUCCAAGAAGCCCUUAUUAGACAAAUUAGUCAGAAAAAAGCUAUUCCUGUGCCAGAAUUCAAUGUAACACUUCCACCCCCUCAAUUAUUAAUGCAACAACCACCUCCUGCAAGAUUGCCAAAUAUGAGUCAACCUCCUCCUGGAAUUAGAAUGGGAUCAGAUAUAAACUCUUUCUCAAGUGGCCAAUCUUCAUCUUUGUCUAGCAGAUAUCCAACCAUAAAUUCAAGUAUAAGACCUGGAAUACCAGGAAUGACAGUAAGAAGACCUGAAGUUCCAGCUGUACCACCUCCGCCUGUCCAUUCUCUCCAAUUUUCAACAGAGAUGUUGGCUAUGGGAGUUAUACAUCCGGUUUUUGUCAGUCAUGUGGAAGAUGGUCCUUACAGUUUUGCAGUUCAAGUCCAGGACGAAGUGAAAAAUAUCCUCACAGACAUGAUGGCCAACAUCAACAAACUGGAGCCACAGCCAAUCACUUCGCCGCUGAAUCCUGGCUCUAUCUGUCUCGGCCGAUAUUCUCCGGAGAAAAUACUAUGUCGUGCUAUCGUCAUGAACGUGAUGGACGACAAGGUCAAACUCUAUUUCGCAGACUUUGGCAAUUCUGAAAUUCUUCCCUAUUCAGAGAUCUUUCAAAUUCCUCCACAGUUCGUAGUACCCAAGGUUAUGAGUCACCGGUUCACAUUGGCUAACCUUAAGGACAUCCAUUACACAGAAAAGGAGAAGCAGUUGUUCAAGGAUUUGGUUGCCAACAAUCCGAAUCUGACACUGUGCGUCACGCAGCCGGAGGCCAACCCGAUCAAGCAAUACUGUGAGCUCUUCCGCGAGUAUAAGAACAUCAAAACAGUUUUGAGCGAGAAGUCCCAGACGCAACCGAUGCAACUUCGUUAUUCGUCUUUGACACCUCCGAUCAUGGGUUCUCAAGAGAAGGUGUUUGUGUCAUUCGUCCUGAAUCCAGGCAGAUUUUUCGUCCAGUUGGAAAAAAAACAGUUUCUCAUUAAAUCAGAUCAUGAGUUGUGUGGCCACCCACUGCCGAACAGCGCAGAACCUGCUUUGAUCAACAUGCGCGUCGGCGAGCCAUGCUGUGCGCUGUACGAGGACAAUAAAUGGUACCGUGCAGAGAUACUCAAAGUGACCCAAGACAAGGCUUUCAUCAACUUUGUUGACUACGGCAACCACGAAGAGAUUGAGUUUGAGAACCUGAGACAAAUCACUCCUGAGCUGGUCACCACAGUCAAGGCCCAGGCCCUUGUAUGCUGUCUUACAGGUUAUGAGACAAGGUACAAUGUGGAAGAAGAGGUGUGCAACCGGCUGGAAGAGCUGAUACUGGAAAAGAAGAUGAUGAUGCACGUAUUAGACACAACUGAGAGCAAUGUGCUUAUUGUUCAAAUGUUGGACAACAAGAUGCAGGAUAUUGGUACAAUGUUGGAGGUUCGGGCACCACAAUCCCCGAUAUACAAUGAAUACCAGGCUACUACAACGCCCACCUACACUUCUAGACCUCCUGCUGGGGAGGCUGACCCUGGUAGGGAAGGGGCUGCCCAUGGAGACAACUCAUGGGAGGAACGGAAGUACCCUGACUCCAAGGGACCUAGAUUCAGUAAGGGAAGGGACCGAGGCCCACAGGAUCGAAACCAGAGGGAGUGGCAAGCACCCAACAAGUGGCAGCACCGUGAAGACACCAAGAAAUCUUGGAGAUCUCCAGAAAAAAGCGAAACACCUCCAAGAUUCAACAAAGAUGGGUGGCCGUGGAACCGGAAGGGUAUAACAGGGAAGAUUCAGGUGGAAGUGGUAGAUUUAAUAGAGAUGAUAAUAGAACAUACGGAGAACGAGGAGGGAGAUUUAGUGAUGACGAUAAGGGUGGACGAUUUGGCAGAGAUUCAGAAUCUAGAGGCAGUAGAUUCAACAGAGAAGAUGGAGGAGGUAGAUUCAACAGAGAAGAUGGAGGAGGUAGAUUCAACAGAGAAGAUGGAGGAGGUAGAUUCAACAGAGAAGAUGGAGGAGGUAGAUUUAACAGAGAAGAUGGAGGAGGUAGAUUCAACAGAGAAGAUGGAGGAGGUAGAUUUAAUAAGACUGACGAUGACAAACCUUGGAGAAAAAGAGAUGACGAUUCAGCUGAUUGGAGAAGUACUAAAGACAAAAAUGAUGGUGGAAGUUGGAAAGAUAGAGACGGUUUCUAGCGGUUACAAAGGUGGUGACGGUGGGAAAAAUUGGAAAGAUAGAGAGAGUGGUGGUGGAGGCUGGAAUAAAGAUAGAGACAGUUGGAAAGAUGGCGGCGGUGAUCGGAAAAGCAGAUUUGAUAAUGAUGGUGGUUUCAAGAAAGGUGGUUUUAGCCGAGAGUCACCAACGGAAAGAAGCAGUUUCCGGAAACCUUGGGAGAAAGGUAGUGGUGAUUCAUUCCCUAAGCAUUCCCCUAAAUCACAAAAGCCGGAUAGUGUGGGGGGGAUCCCUCCUGUCACUGUCAAGGUUGGUAGCUCUGAAGAUAUCCAGGUAGUCUUCACUACAUCUCCCAUGGAGUUCUAUGUUCAACUGACAAGUUCUUUCGAUGAGCUAAAUGAACUCAUGGAGAAAAUCAAAACCGCUUGUGAAUCUGGGGAAGUGUCAGACAUGAGUUCUGUGGCGGAGAAGGUUGGUUGCCUUGCAAAGUACUCUGAAGACGACUCCUGGUACCGAGGGUAUGUGGAGGAGAAGAGUUUUGACACAGCUAAAGUGCUAUUUGUUGACUACGGCAACAAAGAGGAUGUCUCGUGUGAUAAAAUUAAAGAGCUACCUGAGAGCAUGUGUGUGCUGCCAGUCCAGGCUGUCAAGUGUCGUCUGUAUGCAGUGCCAGAGACAGCAGAGACAGACGCUUUCUCAGCACUUGUGGAUGGGAAAACGCUUAAUGCACAGUUUGUCGCCAAACACUUCCUCACCAAGAGUUUUCAGGUUGUCUUGGUAGAUAACGAAAGUGGGACCAACAUAAACACAACAAUGGGAGCAUCAGAGGAAGAAAUCCAGACAAUCUCCUCCAAGGAGGUGGAAGAGAAUGGCACCGACGAGGCGAGUAACCCCCAGUUUACACACACUGUGUACAUAUUUGGCGACAGUCACGCAAGGGACCAAGCGACACAUCUAAACGCUUCGCUAAAAGGCACAUUAAACGUCAGAUCCACUUGCUGUCCAGGUUGGCCCUUGAAUGAGGUUGUGGAGAAGGCGAUAGCUCGCUUGGAGGAGUUCGCCGCACUCACCUUGCACGAUUUUAUCGUGAUUGUCGGCGGAUCGAACGACACCUCGGAAAUCCACCAGAGGAAGCUGUCCGAACUCUAUGCCCUGUUGUUCAAGUCCCUCCCGAACACCAACAUCAUUGUGUGUGAAACUCCUUUCAGAUUUGACGAGAUCGAGAAAAACACGGAAAUCGCCAAAACUAACAUUAUGGUGUCACAGCUGUGCAGUGCUUAUCCGAACGCAACUUUUCUACCGAUGAUAAAUGCGAUGCAACGGUACCACUUUACAAACCAUGGACUGCACAUGAAGCAGUCAGGAAAGCGGAUUUUAAGUGUGCUUAUUUCUCAGUGUAUCAAGAAAAUACUGUGGCAAAACUACGUGACCAGCUUAAAGCAUUUAGGACAAAUGAACCUGCUGCCACUGCAGUAUGUGGCCGGCACAUCCUUCACCACCCAGAUGACUUGGUACCUCAGUCCUGCGGAAUUCUACCUGCAGCCGAUGGAUACCAACCCUGAAUUCCGUGCAAUGAUGCAGCAGAUGCAAUCACUCGUGAGAACUGGGACCAGCCAGCCGAGCGGCCAACUAAAAAAGGGUGACUAUGUCAUUGCUCGCUUCAAGAGCGACAAGGUUCUCUACAGAGCACUCGUCAAGGAAGCCGGUUAUGCAGUGACAGUCCAGUUUGUGGAUUAUGGCAAUACAGAGUCGGUGGACAACAACAGCGUGUGGGCAAUGGAGCCACAAUUUGCCACCCUUCCAAUACAAGCGUUCAGCUGUUCCUUGGCUGGUGUACAACCUGUUGGAGACUCCUGGCCUGUGGCAAACUCAACAGAGCUGGACCUGCAGUUUGAUGCGGAGACAUUGGAAUGCACCGUGUUACAAAGUACUGAUGAAGAGUCCAAAUACCUCGUGAAGCUGAGCAAGCAAGGCGAGGACCUCGCUCAGAAGAUCAUUGAGGCUGGUUUUGCCAUCGCAAGUUCUGAAGAUGCAGCAUUUGAGCUAGACACCACACUGCUUGUAAACCAGUUGUUGCGUGUGACGCUCUUGAGGCUGGGAGAAGACUACUCGCUCUAUGUACAACCAGCUCCAGAAGAUGCUGAGUUGCUGAGCCUGGAAGCAGAGGCAGGCCAUGGUAUCAAGUGUUGCUUAUCUGCUGUCAGAGAUGAUGCUACAGAUGAAGAAAGAGCACAGUUGGGCCAACUACAAGCUGCUACUGCACUUAUCAUACAUGUAGAUGCAGUACUGCCUGACGGCUUACAAGUGACUGUAUACGACAGUGAAGGGCAGUUGUUGGCUCUCCAAGCCAACGAAACACCUGCUGUGGCCAAGGUCUGCUCCAUGUCAGUUCUCGGGACUAACCAGAAAGUAUGGAUAGCACAUGCAAGUGACAACGGAAUCUUCCUCCACAAAGUUGCGUUUGCAGACUCUCUUUCUCAACUUUUACAGGCUCUUUACGAAUUUUAUAAUGUAUCUGAAAAUGUAGAACUUGAGUGGGCAGAAGGAGAUCUGUGCUGUGCCAAGUCAGUAAAUGAUGAGCAGUGGUACAGAGCUAAAAUUUUGAAAACAGGAGACGAAAUUAAAGUGCAAUAUAUCGAUUAUGGAAAUGAAGAAACCUUGCCGAUUUCUAACCUGCGAAAACUUGAUCCAUCUUUCUAUACUCCUCACACUUUUGCCUUGAAGGUAUCUCUUCAUGUCAGUUGGCUAGUGCCAAUGGAAAAUCUCCUAGAACUCGCAGGAGAGACAGAGUACAAUGCUGUGGUCCUGAAAAGUGAUGCUGGAUGGGUUGUUGAAUUGGUGGAUAGCUCUGGUCAGAGCCUGACAGAAAAGUUGGUUGAGCUCGGUUUUGCAGUUGCGCUCGAAAACUCACCAUUCAAAAGAGUGGUUGAAGGAGGACGAUUUGUGGAAGGAUCCAGUAUACCGAUAUCAGUUUCAUUCAUUGAUUCUCCUCUACAGCUGUGGAUCUUUGUUGGGGACGAUGUUGAACUGGUAGAAGCUCUUCAGGACAGACUGCAAGAAGCUGCUACUAAACUUCCCUCUCUUGAAGAACCGAGUGAUAUUUUUGCAGCAAAAUUUUCAGAUGGGUUAUGGUAUAGAGCUGUUAAACUGAAUGAUUCUUUAGUGAGAUUUAUUGACUAUGGAAAUUCUGAUACAGUAGAUAUGUCUGACAUCAAAGCCUUAUCUGCUGAUUUCCUUGAACACUCAGAGGGAUAUGCUGUGAAAGUGGAACUCCCUGUUGCAGAUUUUACUGAAGAAGCUACAGGGAGACUUGAAGAACUUUUAGUCUCAUCAGAAAUCGGUUCCGAAGAAGAAGUUGUAGCACACAUACUUUCAGUUAAAGAGAAUUCAAUUGUUGCAGAUAUUUUGAAAGGUGGUAAAAGUGUAAUUGACAUUUUGGUUGAGGAAAAAUUAGGUACUCGGUUGCACACUGUAUCUUCAGGUUUUAUUAGCCACAUGAACUCUCUUAAUGACUUUUUCAUACAAGAAGUAGGCUGUGAGGAAAGUUUAAAAACUGUUUCAGAUACCAUGUUAACUGCUGAAAGUUUUGAUCCUGUUUCCCAGAUCAAUGUAGGUGACAUUGUUGCAGCUCUUUACACUGAGGAUGGCUUGUGGUAUCGGGCCAGAGUAACCAAACAUUCUGAUAAUGAGACUGAAGUUCUCUUCAUUGACUAUGGAAAUUCAGCUACAGCCACUGAUUUCAGAGUAUUGCCAUUGGACUUAGCAUCUAGAUCACCUUUGGCUAAACACUGCACUUUACAAAAACCUAAUGGUGUUAUUACAUGGCCUGAAUCAGCAUUUGAGAAGUUUAUAGAAAUAUCUGCCGAUGGCUGUACUCAGUUUGAAUUUAAUUCAUUAGACCAAGAAGAUCCAGCUACUGUAGCUCUAACUUGUGGUGGAAAAUGUGUGUCUGAGGAACUGAAAUUAUUUUGUGAUAUUGUUGUAGAGGAUGCGAAAGUUCUUGACAGUGCAUCCAAUGAAUAUACAGAUUAUGACAAAAUGGUAUACAUUAGUCAUAUCAACAGUGCUUCUGAUUUCUAUGUUCAGUUAGAAGGAGCAGAAGCCGAGUUAGAUAUAUUAAAAAAAGAACUCACUGAUGUUAGUUCAUUUGAAACUUUGGAACAAAUCAAAGAUAAAGAAAAACUUGUUGGAUCAUUGUGCGUUGACGAUGAACAAUGGUACCGUGCCAAGAUAUUAAACACAACAGAAUUGGGUUCAGAAGUGUUAUUUGUGGAUUAUGGAAACUCUGCUAUAGCCACGUCAUUUGUAAAACUACCAGAGACUUUGGAAAUAAAAUCACCUGUAGCAAUUCAUUGUGCUCUUGGAAAGACAAGAUGGCCAGAAGAAGCCACCAACCACCUUGUGGAGUUAAGUGGAGCAGGAAGUGUACCAUUUGCGAUGAAGAUUUUAGAAGAAGGUUAUCCUAAUAUAGUUAGUCUUAUGCUAGAGGGAAAGGUUAUUGAAAAAGAACUUUCUGACCUGUUUGAUCAGCCAUCAACAGAAGAAAAAAAUGAGGUUGAGGAAUUUGUUGAUCCAGAUACACUACCAACUGAAAUUGGAAGCAACAUUGUUCAAUCUAUUGAACUUGUGUAUUUAAUACAUGUCAAUUCACCUAGUGAUUUUUUCCUGCACACAGCUGAAGCUACUCAAUUGGUAGAAGAGAUCAGCGAACGCCUCAUAGCCGCAGAAGAUUUUCCAUCUAUUGAAGAAUCUGCAAUAAGCCAGGGAAAGAUGGUCGCUGCUCAGUUUGACGAAGAUGUCUUGUGGUACAGAGCAAAAGUGAUUGAUCACUCAGAAAACGAGACCAAGGUGCUAUUUAUUGAUUAUGGUAAUACAGCAAAAGUUGCACGUAUGAAAAAUCUCCCUGAAGACUUAUUAGCAACACCUCCACUUGCGAUGCACUGCUCAUUACAGAUGCUGGGAUGCAAAGAGUGGUCCGUAAAAGCUUGUCAAACAUUUAACAAAUUAGCCAAUGGUGAAGGUGUUACCUUUAGCCUGGAAGUUGUAUCAGAAGGAGAACCAAACACAGUUGUACUUUAUCUAAAUGGAGAGUCGGUAGCAGAACAGUUGAUAUUAUUAAGUGGGUUGGUAACAGAAGAAGGUACAGAUAAUGCAGAAGAACCAUUUGAGGCUGCUAGCUUACUAGAUGAAGAUGAACAGAAAGACCUGUAUGUCUCAUCUUCUAAAGAAUGUACUGGUGAAAUAGAGCAGGGUCAGGGAGAUGUGGCUCAUGUGAGUAUGCCUUCAGAUAUUUCAAAAAAAGAUGAAGAGAUUCAUGACAUGAAAAGUUCAGUUGUACAACCACCUAAAAGCCAGGAUAUUCCAUUUGAUAUUUCUGAAGAUAAGAGCAUUAGAAUUGUAGAAAUCAGUCAUUUUAAUAAUACAAAUGAUUUUUAUAUCCAGUUCAAUGAUGACAAAGACAGUUUAAUGCAGAUUGCUGAUGAAAUGUUUGAAGGAGAAAAUUUUGAAAAUAUGCUGGAUUCAGAAGAAAUUUUAGCAGCUAAAUACACAGUGGACAAUUUAUGGUACCGAGCAAAAAUUCUUAACUCAGACAAGCAUGGUUCAUCAGUUUUAUUUGUGGAUUAUGGUAAUGUUGACAUUACAAAUGAAUUUCGAAAAUUGCCAAAUCAUCUUGCUGAAAUAAAACCAUUAGCGAAACAUUGUUGUUUGAAGUCCCCCAGGGGAUACUGGACAGAGAGUACAGAUGAAAAACUGUCAUCCUUGGCAGGCAUAGGUGGUUUCACUUUUGAUAUGAAAGUAGUAGAAGAAGGAGAUCCUUGUGUAGUAGACUUUUUUCUUGAUGGUAACUCAUUGUCACAAAGAUUCUGUGAACAGGAAAUUACGGAAAAACAAGGAGAAAUGGAAAAGAUUAUUUUACAAUCAGUUGAAAACCAAAUAUCUGAAAAUGUAGAGAAAGAUGUGGAGAAAAUCACAGAUGAAUUAAUUUAUAAUGCAGUUAGCUCGGGUAACAGUGAGAUGGUGGCCCCUUUUGCAGAAGAGUCACAAUUAGUUGGCGGUUUGAAGUCCAACCAGUCUGAAGUUCAGACUCCCGAAAUAAAAAAUAAACCGAAUGACGAAAACAAAAAAAAUGUUGAAGAAAUCACGGACGAAAUAGUUUUGAAUGCAGUUACCUCAAGUGAAAGUGAAGCAGAAGAUAAAAAAGUCCACAUUGAUGACUUGAAGAGCAAACGGUAUGAAGAUGUGCCGAUUCAUGAAACAAAACCUACUAAAUAUCUAAAUGAGAAAAAAGAAAUUCUAGACAAGACAAGCCCAAAUAGUUCUAACACAUCAAAUGGUGUUGAUGAAGAAGACUUUGAAGAUUCGAAGAAAAAUAUUGUUACAAAGCAUGUAGAUAAACAGAUGGACAUUAAUGUUACCAAAGAAGAUGUGGAAACCCCAGGUAAUACUUCACCAUCCACUCCUCGGAGGUCAGACAUUGAUGAACACAUUGUUCCCGGCUGUAUCUCAAGUGGAAAGCCUCCUGAGGAAUCAUAAAACCCAUUCCAUAUAUACAUACAAAAAUAUCAAUCCACAUACUAAUAAUCCAAUGUGUUAUUUUGUUUUCAUUAUAACGUUAUUCAUUUUUAACACCAUAUUUAAUUAAAAUGUGUAUGUUUUUUAUGUAUAAAUUAUAUUGCAAUAUGAUGUAGGGUUAGUUUCACAUUAAUCAGUGCUUUUCCUUUAAGGUGUCCUAUAGCUUUAUUCAGAUUUCACUUGCUCAUUCUAAUGUUAUGUAACAGUUAUUUACUUAGAAUACUGUACUUCAAUUUCACAUCAUUUGGGCCUCUUACUUGAAGUACAGUUAUCAUCAUAUGGUAGAUUGGCAGUGUUUGUUCACUGUAGUAAAUUGUCAUAAUAGAAAUUCAAAUGAAACAUACCAGUGAAAUUAUAUAUUAUUAUUAGUUCAUAAGACAUUAGCUAGUUAUGUAAAAAUGUAAAUAUGUUAAAAUUAUGUUCUUGGUUUUUUUUACUCAUGUUCCUUUAUUAUAUUGUUUAUCGGUCCAUUUUCUAUUUGAAUAAGCUUCAAACAAUUUGUUUACUUUCAUAUUUUAAUCUUUAAAAUUAUUGUUGGACAUGAGUGAGUAUUAUUUUUUAUGAUGAUGUAGGUGCUUUAGUGUUAUUUUUGGACUUCUAUCUUGAUUUUUAAAGUCUGUGAUUUGUACAUAGAGUUCCUGAAAUUAACACACCUUUUCAUAUAAAUUGUAACAUUGCAGUAAUUUGUUACUUUUUCAAUAUUUAUUUUUAUUACUAUUAAUGAAAAUUCUAUGGCAGUUUACUAUGUUUUUUAAGUAAUAAAACAAGUUUUCAUAAACA